GAAGUUUAGUUUAGUUUCCGGGUCUUUUGCUGUGACGUCUUUGUUGUGAACUCGGUUUAGUCCACCAUCAAUACCUCCACCUCAUCCCUGGAGAGGCGUAAGCCCUUUUAGAAACCAAAAGGAUUGUAGUGGAAAUUCCUCCUGACGUGUCCGUGGUCCAGUUUCCAGGUUGGAGGGUUGCAGGUGGUACUGGAUGGGCCAGCUGUGGAUGCUUUGGGCCAGUUUCCAGCACUCUUUGGGCCUGCAUGUGGAGCAUCAGUGAAAUAUGGCCAGCAACUUCCGGAGCUACAUCUGGGACCCGGUCCUCAUUAUCUGCCAGAUUGUGUUGAUGCAGUGCAUCUACUACAGCUUCCUCGGCCUGUGGUUGGCUGGCGUGGACAGCCUUGUGCAGAGUAGUCGCUCCCUAGAUCAGAUCUUCAGCUAUGAAGUCCUUGGUUUUGCUACCAUGCAGGGAAGGCUCUCGAUGAUGGCGUUUAUCUUGAACUCUCUUACAUGCGCUCUGGGUCUGUGGUUCUUCAUCCGUCGGGGGAAGCAGUGCCUGGACUUCACCGUCACUGUUCACUUCUUCCACAUGAUCGGCUGCUGGAUCUAUAACUCCCACCUUCCCUCAGCGCUCUCCUGGUGGCUCGUCAACGUGGCGUGCAUCGCGCUGAUGGCUGUGAUCGGGGAGUACUUGUGCAUGCGAACUGAGCUCAGGGCCAUCCCAGUCAAUACUGGACCCAAAUCAAACCUGUGAACUGUUCAGAUGUUUUUUAAGACCCGAGGAACUCGCUGAUAAGGUUGUUUCCAUUGUUUAGAAACCUACGUGAACAGACCGACUGAAUAGUUAUGGAUCUUAUCAUAAAGUUUCCUCCAGCUGACUGGAUAUUUAUUCAUAGCUAGUUUAUUAAAUGUUUGGCAGUAUUGUCUGUGUUAUAAUGUUUUGGAAAGCACACUAUCAUCCCUACAACUGAUUACAGUUUGUACUUUGAUUCAUGUUGAUGUAUUUAUCAUCAUGAUACUCUGUAUCCACAUUAUCAUCCUGUUUCAGUUCCUUCUUAUAGUUCAUGGUGUAUGAAAUGUAGAAUAUAGUCGUUUUUACUCCUGUACAUCCUGCGCCCCGUGGAAUAAAGUCCUGAACUCUCAGGGUUCUGGUUAAUAAAGUAACUAUAAAGUU